CACAGUUGAAUACACAGCUUAACACAACCAUCAUCAUCUCAAUGGCUUGCUGGUCACCUCUCAACCACUCCUUUCUGGCAAAGAUGCCAUGUCAUUGGACUGGGCUGUUGCCCUCAACAAAGAUGAGGUGAGGGGAAGUAAGAAGGAAGGCUACCCAGAGAAGGGGUAAUGUUUUGCCAAAUACAGAAGGAGACAUAAGAGUUUAUCAGGAGACAGUUCUUCACUGGGGUGGGGGAAAUAAGAGAAAAAUGGCAGUAAAGAUACAAAGCAGGAACCCCUGCUGCUGAUUUAGCUGCAGCUUAGGAGGGAAAUGUGGCUAGUGCCUCUGGAGAUGUGGACAGGAGCCACAGCACCUAGGCCUUUGAAGGCCGUGUUAAGAACUUCAUGCUGAAUACGCUACAUCUUCAUCCAUGUUGUAGCGUAUUUUGAAUACGCUACAACAUGGAUGAAGCUUGAACACAUUACAAUAAGUCAAACAAGCUAGUGACAAAGGGACAAAUGCUGCAUGACUCCACUUAUUUGAGGUACAGAGUAUACYGAUUCAUGGCAAUUGAAAGUAGAACACUGGCUACCAGGGGGAGGGAAGGAAUGGAGAAUGGGGAUGAUUAUUUCUGUCUGAGAUGGUGAAAAAGUUCGAGGAUGGAUUUUAUGGUGAUGGUUACACAACAAUGCAAAUAUACUUAAUGCCAGUAAAAAUGAUUAAGUGAUACAUUUGUUAUGUAUAUGUUACCAGUUUGGAAAAUAGUGAAAAAGGAAACAAAACACACACAGACCUAGCAUUCAGGGAAACCAAUUUGAAGUUCUUUCCUAUUAUUAAAAUUAGAUGUGAACAAAAUGUGAUUUCUUUGCUACUGUUCCAUAAUGAUGUUACUAUGUAUUGAAAACAAGCUCUGUGCCAGCUUUAUGUCAUAGAGAAGGGAAGAUGCAGGUUUAGAGAGGUUAUCUAACUGACCCCAAAACACACAGCUGGGAGCAGGGGACAUUCUAAGAAAUUCUAGAAUUACAACUGAAGUCUUUUAGACUGCAAACACCUUACACUCUUAUCAAUUCCCAAGGGGCUUGAUUAUCUUGCUACUUUUUUGGAUAUGUCAACAUCUUUCUUAAAAAAAAAAAUUCCUCCUCAAAUCUUCAGAGAAAGAAUUGCUUCAGUGUAUUCUGAGUUUAGAAAAGUAUGAGAAGUCUGAGGCCUUGCAGAAUGAAAUGUUUGUUGUGUGCUUACUGUUUAGUGACAUCUGAUAGUUUUAAAAUGGCUUGGACCCCUUGUAAGAGAGAUAAAAACAAAAACACCCAAACCACCUCCACAAACCAAACCACAUUCAAAUUGAGUCUAGACUCAACAAACCAUCACUACUCGGCCAGCCACCUGUUACAGCGAGGGGUCGGCACUCUCUUUGCGGCAGUAAUCUGGAGAAUACGGCGGCUAGCCCGGGCGGCCCGCCUCGCACAUUCCAGGUACACAGCCCGCAGAGACCCCUGCACGUGCUCCUGCGCAGGCGCAGGCCCACUGUGUAGCUUUCAUCCAGGGCCGCCUGGUACUCCAGUGCCCCCGAGUGGCUUCUGCCUCUGCGCGCCGGGCUCGGGGUCGUCGCUGCCCCUUCUCCAGGUCCUCCGUAGCCCCUGCCCUGGCCAAGCCUGGCGUCCACUCCCCUCUAACCCUGCAUUGCACAAUGUGGGAGCAAAGUCCCCGAGGGUGUGAACCCGGCUUUCCCUGCCCCUGGGCGGGGACGCGCGGCGGCUGUGCAGGCAGCGGAGCCAGCGAGCUUGCUGUCGGCGCGAUCCGCAGGCCCCGACCCCGCGAGUUCCCCGCAAGCCGCGGCCGCAAACCCCCGCGCCGCUAGGCUCCGCCGCCAGGCCCGCCCGCCGCUCCCCUCACAGGCCCGCGCCGCCGCCGCAGCCAUGGCGGAAGUCCAUAGACGUCAGCAUGCUCGGGUUAAAGGAGAAGCCCCCGCGAAAUCCUCCACACACAGAGAUGAGGAGGAGCUGGGGAUGGCGUCGGCCGAAACGCUGACCGUGUUCCUGAAGCUGCUGGCCGCCGGCUUCUACGGCGUGAGCUCCUUCCUGAUCGUGGUGGUGAACAAGAGCGUGCUCACCAACUACAGAUUUCCCUCCUCGCUAUGUGUUGGACUUGGCCAGAUGGUGGCUACAGUGGCAGUUCUCUGGGUGGGAAAGGCAUUCAGAGUAGUCAAGUUUCCUGACUUUGACAGAAAUGUACCUCGAAAGACGUUUCCACUACCUCUACUAUAUUUUGGGAACCAAAUCACGGGACUGUUCAGCACAAAGAAACUGAACUUACCAAUGUUUACAGUUUUAAGAAGGUUCUCCAUCCUGUUUACAAUGUUUGCUGAAGGAGUUUUACUCAAGAAGACUUUUUCUUGGGGUAUUCAGAUGACCGUAUUUGCAAUGAUUAUUGGAGCCUUUGUAGCUGCCAGCUCUGACUUGGCAUUUGAUCUGGAAGGAUAUGUUUUUAUUCUGAUAAACGAUGUACUGACAGCAGCAAAUGGUGCAUACRUAAAACAAAAAUUAGAUUCAAAAGAGCUGGGGAAAUAUGGUCUCCUCUAUUACAACGCACUGUUCAUGAUUCUGCCCACCCUGGCCAUUGCAUAUUUCACAGGAGAUGCACAAAAGGCAAUGGAGUUUGAAGGUUGGGCCGACACCCUCUUUCUUCUACAGUUUACCCUCUCCUGUGUGAUGGGGUUCAUCUUKAUGUAUGCCACAGUGCUCUGCACUCAGUAUAAUUCUGCUCUUACAACUACAAUAGUUGGCUGUAUUAAGAAUAUAUUAAUAACUUACAUUGGAAUGGUCUUUGGUGGAGAUUAUAUUUUCACAUGGACAAAUUUCAUUGGCUUAAAUAUCAGUAUUGCUGGGAGUCUGGUAUACUCGUACAUCACUUUCACUGAAGAGCAGCUGAGCAAACAGUCAGAGGCCAGUAACAAGCUGGACAUGAAGGGGAAAGGAGCAGUGUGACCAGAGGACUGCUCCAACUGCAUGUGCCCAAGUUUCUGAUCAACUCAGAACUCUGGCAGAUGCCACUAUGAUUACGAGAAAAUGCCAUUCCUUUUGCACUUGUACAAUCCAAGGAUUGAUUGCUGCCUUUUGAAAUUUUAUGAGAGAAACUUAUAAUUGACUCUAUUUUAAGUAUAUUGUUUGAAUUAAUUUAUAUCAAACUGGAAAAUGUACUGGGCUUUUUAAUUUAUUUUUCUUUUCUGACAGUGAAACAUCAGUGUUUUGAAAGUAUUUUAUUCCAUAGUUUGAUAUCCAGGGGUCCUUGAGAGCUGCAUAUAUAAUGUGCUCCUACUGGAGCCUUAUCAUUCAAAUCAUUGCUGUGUCUGGAGUAGUUUGAUCUUUCUUUUGCCAGAAAUGCAGCCGAUCUGAAAUUUCUUUGAAUUUUAUUUCUUAUUGAUUGCAUUGUCUUCAUAAAUAUCAUAUUUGCCAAAGAUAGCAACUUUGRUACUAAAAAAAAUACAUGGUGUUUUGGAAUGUAUUGCUUUCCAUGUUCACUUUCUUGAGAACUGAUGGGAUGAGCAGAGUGAUUCCUUUAAAAUGUUGUUCCCUCUCUGUUAUAUAGAAUGGAAUAAUGAAGGGAUGGAGGAAGUAGGCAUUGUACUCUUUACUCAUCUAUUUGACUCAUUCAUUCAUCCAACUACAAUGUACUGAGUGUAUUCGUCAGGCAUUGUGCUAAGUGCUGGACACCAUUUGGGGAAGUAAUUGGAAGAUCUCCUUCCUGCCUUAGUGACUAAAGGGUAAGAUGGAAAAUUUAGUUCUUAGAUCAUUCGGAAGAUUUUGGGACUAUGAGUAAGUUGUUUCAGCUCUCAGAAACUGCAGAUGUGUAAAUGGGGUUAAAACACCUGCCCUACCUAUCCCACACAGUGUGAGUCCAAAUGCUGCAAUGUGACAUUGAGGUGAAAAGCUGCAUUUUGUAAACCAGCUCAGCUCAGGACUGACCCCUUGUCUACAAGGAUGGCAGACAGGCAAGGUGAUCACCACCUCUUUCCCUAUGCCUGCCGCCUCUGAGUUUGGUUUCUCUUUUUACUUCUCAGAUCAGUAUGAUGAGGUCCCACAUUUGUGAAUGAUUGGUUUGAGAGGAAAAGCUGGUUGGGAUUUUUGUAUUGUCAGGGCUGGACCUUUCUUUGGCAGUGUCAGCGUUCCUUCCUUUUUAAAUGGCAUGAACGUACCUCUCCUUGGGUCUACCCACCUAGAUGCUCUGUCUGCUGCAUCCUGGGACAGGACCUGUGAAGGAACAUUGCCUGAAUUGCCUCGUGGGGAAGUGUUAAACACAGUUCCAUGGCUUGGCUCAGAGACAUCCAUUGACUGGAGUUGAGUGUGUUUGUCAGGCUGGUUGUACAGUCUGUACCAGAAGCUGGUACCUUUGCCCUACUGUACACAAUAGUUUCUGUUUGAGUUUGGAAACUACUGGGCUCUGUUGACCUAAAACUAUUAAUAUUUUGGUGUCUCAACAGGAGACUAGGAAAAUUUUGAUUUUUUUCUUUCUAUUUGUAAGAUUAUAUUGAACCCACACCAUAGGCUCACUUUUUUCCAGGAUCAUCUGAACUAAAAAAAAUUCUAGUGCAAGAAUAUUGUGUCUUAUUUGUCUCUAUUUUACUAAUUAGACAAACAGGAAUCAGAGAAAAUAGAUGACUUGUUUAUAAAUCAAACUCCACRUUUUUUCCAUUAAACCAUGCUCCAUUUGAUUUAACAGCCUUUCCGUAAGGAAACAGGGAUGCCAACUGAGUUAGCUUGAAUUCUUUCAAAGAGGCAAGUGCUUGACUGAAUUUGAUGUCAGAAAGAAGUGGACUUUGCAAAUUAGGGAGAGGGACAGGGUACCCUCUAUCAUGGAGCCUUUAUUCAACCUCCAGGCUGAUCUCAGUUGAUAUGUAGUUUAGGCUAUGAAUGUUGCCUGUAACUGCCUGGUUUUGCUUGGAUGCAAUAGCUUAGCUAGAGAUAAUUUGAAUAAUUCUGUUCCUUCUGUCAGCCACAUGAAGGAGGUAACUUUGUUAUUAGAAAGCCCUUUGGAUAUGUCAAGACUAGAACUCCUCCAGGGAUUGAACUGCUUCUUGAGGAUCAGGUUCCCUUAGAAGUCUGUCUCUCUUCCAGGUUAAUUUGAGAAAAUCAUGUAUAAGUAGAGCUCAUGGAAUGCACUGUACCUCAGAGCCCCUGUCUGUGUUGAACCUUCUGACUSACAGGAGCAGGUACAGCAUCUUACAGCUUCUGCUCUGUCUGUGUUCUGAUCCUGAGAGACYUCCUUCAGCUAUUGCCACCAUCUCAAGAUAAGACAGAGUGACAUGGGUAAGUUUGAGAUUGAAUAGAGUGGCUGGCCACUUUUUGGAGCUUGUGGUUUUCUGGUAUAAUACAGUGUAGACAUUUGCUCAAUAAUCUGGUGUCUCUCAGAAUGUCUGGAUUUUGUUCCAAGGUUGAUGAGCAAAAAUGCUUUGACCUAUUAACUCCCUUCUGAAAGGAAAAGAGGCAGUAUAGAGUUAAAUCCUUAGUUUGCCCACUAAGACAGAUGAACUAUGUUGAGAAUUCUGAAAGGAGCUAAUGGCUCCUCUCCUUGAGUUAAUGAAGGUGAAGUCCUCUGGCCAAUCUGCUUGUAGUAAAUGUGACAUAGAUUAGAAUAAUCCUGGUUGCCUAGACUGCACAUUGCUACCAUGUCACUUAAUUUUAAUUGCUGCAUGUGGCUGUCAACUAUGAGUUAGUCGUUUGUAACAUCCAACUUGCAUUUAGAUUUAAAAAAACAUGCAUUGGCAAAUUUUCUGUAAUCCUAUCAUAUCAGAAAUCCUUGGGAGAUUUCAGUCUAUAAAGCUGAGGUAGGUUCUUCACCCAAAUAAUGGAAUUUCACAUUUGAUUGGCUUGGAAGAGUACCUAGGGCUUUGGGGCUGCCUUUGCUUUUUUUWAAUCAUGGGCUUGUUCAGUGGGUGAGUAUUUGAUUAAAAGCUGUUGUAUAUCAAGCAUUUUGCUAAGCGUGGGGGAAUGGAUGAAUAGGACAUGGGUCUCGCUGUCAAGGAGUAUACAAUUCUUUAGCUAAAGGUGGUGGCCUGGACCCAAAUUGAGAGGGGAAACAGAUAAAAGGAGUCAAUGACUUGUGAACUAGAGCUGCAUGCACAGUUACCAGGUCACUGUACUAUGGUGCCCUUCCCAUAGAGGAAAGCAACUUUUUAAUCUGAGAGGUCUUUUGUAACUCAAAUCAGUCUUCUAAGUUUGAGAUAAGACACAACUUUGAGGAUUCUGUGCAUAGCCUGGGUUCUUCCUCCUCAGCUGCUAAUGUUCUUGCUUCCCCAUAAUUAUGUAGUACAGUUU